AUGGUCUACAGUGAAGGCUUUGAGUCACAUGUCGAGCGCAUCAGGAGAGUGUUGCGCAGGUUCCAGGAACAUGGCUGUAAGUUGAAGCCAAAGAAAUGUGUGAUGUUCCGACGACAGGUGAGGUAUGUCGGGAAGCUAGUCACUGCAGAUGGGUACACGAUGGAUCCAGAAGAUACAGCAGCAGUCAAGGCAAUCAGAGACAAGAAGCCCACUACUGUAGGAGAUGUACGACGGGUGCUUGGGUUCCUCGGGUACUACAGGACGUACAUCAAGGACUUCAGUAGAAUUGCUAAACCACUGUACGACCUGCUGUCGGACAGUGCUGCGAAGCAACCAGUCCAGUGGACUGAGGAACACCAAGAUAUCCUUAAUCAACUGACAGAACAACUGACCAGCCCACCUGUGAUGGCCUACCCUGACUUUGAAAAACCAUUUAUCCUGCACACAGAUGCAUCAGCCAAUGGUUUGGGCGCAGUAUUAUAUCAACAGCAAGAGGGCAAGCUCCGGGUGAUUGCAUAUGGUUCACGGACACUGUCACCGGCAGAGAAGAAUUACCACAUGCACUCGGGGAAGUUGGAGUUCUUGGCUCUCAAGUGGUCCAUUACUGAGAAAUUCCGAGACUACCUGUACCACGCCCCAUCUUUUGAAGUAUAUACCGACAAUAAUCCACUCACCUACGUUCUGAGCACGGCCAAGUUGAAUGCGACAGGUCACCGAUGGGUGGCAGAGCUGGUGGACUAUAACUUCAGCAUCAAGUACCGACCUGGGAAAGCCAAUGCAGAUGCAGAUGUGCUGUCAAGAUGGAAAAAGCUGCAGAUCGAUGAUGAGGGCAUUCUCCGCCGGAGAGCUGGUCCAGUACUGCAAGUAGUGCUCCCGAAGGAAUAUAGAAACAUUGUGUACCAAGAACUACAUGACAAAAUGGGCCAUCUGGGAGCAGACAGGGUUGUCAGCCUGGCAAGACAACGGUUCUACUGGCCAAAGAUGCAGAGAGACAUAGUUGAAUACUGUACCUCCAAGUGUCAGUGCAUUAAGCGCCGGAAGCCAAACAUUCCAGACAAAGCCCCACUUACUAACAUCAUCACCACUGAGCCGCUACAACUGGUGUCCAUUGACUAUGUCCACCUUGAAAGGAGCAAAGGUGGCUACGAGUACAUUUUGGUGGUUGUGGACCAUUUCACACGGUUCGCUCAAGCAUGUGCAACCAGGAACAAGUCAGGGAGAACAGCAGCAGAGAAGCUCUUUAAUGACUUCAUUCCUAGAUUUGGGUACCCUCUCAAGAUUCACCAUGACCAGGGAGCAGAGUUUGAAAAUAGGUUGUUUCAACGCCUACAUCAGCUGAGUGGAGUGUCGCCCUCGAGAACAACCCCGUAUCACCCCCAGGGAAAUGGUCAGGUGGAGAGGUUUAAUCGGACUUUGCUAGCGAUGUUACGUGCUCUCCCAGAAUCCCAGAAAACAGAUUGGAAGGCGUCUCUUAACAAAGUGGUUCAUGCGUACAACUGCACCCGACAUGAGAGCACUGGGUAUUCGCCUCACUUUCUGUUGUAUGGACAUCACCCCCGCCUGCCAGUGGACCUUAUGUUCGGGAUUGAAGACAAGGAGAAUGAGGUUCAAUCAUAUCCUGAGUAUGCCAAGAAAUGGAAACGUGGCAUGCAGGAGGCCUACAGGAUUGCGAGUCAGCAUGCCAGGAAAACAGGUGCAAAAGGGAAGAAGCAGUACGACAGAAGGGUGCACGGUCUCAGUCUGUCCAGUGGUGACCGGGUCCUUGUUCGAAAUAUGACGGACAGAGGAGGACCGGGCAAGUUGCGUUCCCACUGGGAGGACAAAGUCCACAUCAUUGUGAAGCAGAAGGGGAAAGAUAUUCCAGUGUAUGAGGUACGCCCAGAAUGCAGAGAAGGAAGGUCAAGAGUGUUGCAUAGAAAUAUGCUACUACCGUGUGACGGACUGCCUCUAGAGGUUCCAGUGGACAAACAAAGCAAAGAGAAAACACCUCAAAGAGAGGACAAGAGGAGUGAUAAUGAGGAAGAAGAACUUGCAGACAACAGAGUCGAAAUUGGAGCUGAACAAGAAGACCAGAGAGGAAGUACAGGGAGUGAAAGGGAUGAAGAAACUGAUGUUGAAGUUGAGUCUGAGGACCAGCCCUGUGUGUCUCAGGGUGCUGAGGAUGUUCCAGACCCAGCAGAAGUAGAAGAGAACAGACCCAGACGAAAUAGGAGGCCACCACGGACUCUCACGUAUGAUGGUAUGCAGCGCACCGCUGACCCUGACCUCUUUUCGUCCAUGUUCAACAGCCCAAAAAAUUAA